GGGAUGGAGACGGCUCCCUCUUCCUGAGCUCUGGGGGCGGCCACCCGGCCCCUGCCCCUCUCCCCCCUCCCCUCACCUGCUCCUCAAAUCCCAGCCUCCCCACCCCAAUCCAGCCUGGGAGAGAGACAGCAGAGGCAGCGACCCCCUUUCCAGCCCUCGCCUUCUUUCUCCCCCGGCUGGCUCCCACCCCAGCCUCCCGGCCCCCCAGCCGGGCAUCUCCCUCCUUGUCCUCAGCCCCCCGACCUGGGGAGAUUAUGAGGGAAGGAUGAGUCGGAUGCUCCGCUGGGUGUUGGUAGCCUUCGUCGUUUUCUUCGCCCUAUUCCCACAGCCUGGUCUUGGUGGGGUGGCUGGGCCAACAGGAGCCCUGCAGUGGGGGAAACAUCCCUGGGACAGGGGGCUGCAUGCUUCGGAGGUCACCUAUCCCAGCCGCCUGGUGGGGGAGAGCUCUGGGAGAGAGAUCAGCAAGCAAGAGCUGGACACCAGAGCACGCAAGGAGCCACCUGGGGGCCCGCCUGUCCACCUGGCCCAGGUGAGCUUCCUCAUCCCUGCCUUUGGUUUGAACUUCACUUUGGACCUGGAGCUGAACCAUCACCUCCUGGCUUCACAUUAUGUGGAACGACACUUCAGCAGAGAUGGGACCACCCAGCACCACACAGGGGCUGGGGACCAUUGUUAUUACCAAGGAAAGCUUCGGGAUAACACAGAGUCCUUUGCUGCCAUCUCUACCUGUCAAGGACUGCAUGGAGUCUUCUCUGAUGGAAAUUUCACUUACACCCUUGAGCCCCAAGAAGCACCCCAGGGGCCUCUCCCCCACCUCAUUCAUCGGACCUCUCUUCUCCCAGUCCCUGGAUGCAGGGAACCAGGUUGUUUGUUUGCUGCUCCUUCACUUCCUGUUCCACCGGCCCUGCCCAGGCUGAGAAGGAAAAGGCAGGUCCGGCGUGGCCACUCCACCGUCCACAGUGAGACCAAAUAUGUGGAACUCAUUGUCAUCAAUGACCACCAGCUGUUUGAGCAGCUUCGUCAGUCUGUCGUCCUUACCAGCAACUUCGCCAAGUCUGUGGUGAACCUGGCUGAUGUGCUGUACAAGGAUCAGCUUAACACUCGAAUUGUGCUGGUUGCUAUGGAAACAUGGGCGGCCGGUGACAAGAUCCAGGUACAGGAUGACCCUCUAGAGACCUUGGCUCGACUUAUGGUCUACCGGCGGGAGGGACUACCUGAGCCCAGUGAUGCCACACACCUCUUCUCGGGCAGGACCUUCCAGAAUGCCAGAAGUGGCACUGCCUACGUUGGGGGCAUCUGCUCCCAAUCUAGGGGAGGCGGCGUCAAUGAGUAUGGCACUGUGGCAUAUGUGGCAGUGACAUUGGCACAGACCCUGGGACAGAAUCUGGGCAUGAUGUGGAACAAACAUCGAAGUUCAGCAGGCGAGUGCAAAUGUCCAGAUACCUGGCAGGGUUGUAUGAUGGAAGACACAGGGCAUUACCUGCCCCAAAAGUUCUCGCGCUGUAGCGUGGAGGAAUACAGCCAGUUUCUGCAGGAGGGAGGCGGCAGCUGCCUUUUCAACAAGCCCCUCAAGCUGCUGGAUCCCCCGGAGUGCGGAAACGGCUUCGUGGAGGCCGGGGAGGAGUGUGACUGCGGCUCGAUACAGGAGUGCAGCCGAGCCGGCGGGAACUGCUGCAAGAAAUGCACGCUGACCCACGACGCCAUGUGCAGCGAUGGGCUGUGCUGUCGGGGGUGCAAGUACGAGCCAAGGGGAGUGUCCUGCCGAGAAGCUGUAAAUGAAUGUGACAUAGCAGAGACCUGUACAGGGGACUCCAGCCAGUGUCCCCCUAACCUGCACAAGCUGGAUGGUUACUACUGUGAGCAGGAACAGGGUCGCUGCUAUGGAGGACGCUGCAAAACCAGGGACAAGCAGUGCCGGGCACUCUGGGGCCACAAUGCUGCUGACCGCUACUGCUAUGAGCGACUGAACGUGGAAGGGACAGAACGAGGAAACUGUGGGCGGAAGGGCUCUGGCUGGGUCCAGUGUAGUAAGCAGGAUGUGCUCUGUGGAUUUCUUCUUUGUGUUAAUAUUUCUGGUGGGCCUCGGCUAGGGGACCUAGGUGGGGACAUCAGCAGCAUCACCUUCUAUCACCAGGGCAGGGAGCUUGAUUGCAGGGGGGGCCAUGUGGAACUAGCAGAUGGCUCAGACCUGAGCUAUGUGGAGGACGGCACUCCCUGUGGCCCCAACAUGCUCUGCCUGGAUCACCAUUGCCUCCCGGCCUCAGCCUUCAACUUCAGCAGCUGCCCUGGCAGUGUGGGCCGCAGGAUCUGCUCUGACCAUGGGGUUUGUAGCAAUGAGGGGAAAUGCAUUUGUCAGCCAGACUGGACAGGCAAAGACUGCAGUGUCUACAACCCAAUGCCCACAUCUCCACCCACAGAAGAGACUGAGAGAUACAAGGGUCCCAGCGGCACCAAUAUCAUCAUCGGCUCCAUCGCAGGGGCAGUGCUGGUUGCAGCCAUCGUCCUGGGUGGCACUGGCUGGGGAUUUAAAAACAUCCGCCGAGGAAGGUAUGACCCGACUCAGCAGGGGACAGUGUGAUGACAUCUCCACUUCCAUUCCACCCGUAUCUGCAUCCGUCUUCGUCUCCAUCUCCAUCAUCAGCUACCAUCCUGAUUUCUCCAUUGGGCACAGACCUGAGCUCACUACUUGCCCCCUAGUUCCCUUUGUAGGGAGUCAGGCGCUAGGUUGGAGAGUGACAGGCACCAGUGCCCUCUAUCAUUCCAGCCUGCCUGCCUUGGAUCCAGCCUGGCUAUUGGCUUAUCCACCUGCUUACUCAUUGAAAGGGUCACUUUAUUGGACCAUCCUUUUCCACCACCAGCUCUCCACAGCCCCCACUACAGACCGAGGUCCCUAAAAUAUCCACUGGGUCUCCUCAGCCUCUGUCCUUCAGCAAUAAAUACCCACAGCACCAGUCCCCUGGGGAUGGGGGAACACAGGCCCCACAAUCCACCUGUCUCCCCAUCCCGUCUGUUCAUUUCUUCCAUAUUGUCUACUGUCUGACCUCCCCUGCUCCUCCUCCCUUCUAACCUUUCAUGUGUUCUGUGACUUUCCCUUCACCCUCUAUAGAUUGUCAUGGUGACAGACAGGUCGUACUUAGAGAGCAGAUGUUCAGACAUCUAGGGUGGUGGGUGGGGGAAUCCGCUUCUCUGUGAGGGCCUUUGCGGGAAGAAGGCCCUAAAUCCUAUUUGCUUUAGCACCCUUCUUCACUUCACCAUCUUGGGGGGGUGGGGUGGCUAGGGAGGGAUUCUAAGCCGAGAGUCCCGCUUUCCCCCUGCUCGCCGGUCAGCUGUCUGGGUGUUUCUGUGCUCAGCUGGACUGAAGCCCGUCCCCUCUGUAUGAUGGUUCCCCUCACCCUCUCUGGUCCCUUGUUUCUCUUCCAGGUCAGGUGGGGCCUAAGCUCCUCUCCACCCCCUGCCUGGCGCUCACACUCACCACCUGGAAGGGGAAAGGACACACCUGCCCUCAAUCCACCAACAGAGGAGCCAUGCCAUGUGGAAGUCUUCCUGGGGCCCGGCAAUCAGACAGGUCCCCAAAAGAACAUCUUGGUGGGAUGGGUCCCUGGGAUGGAAGGGCUGUGGCCCCAGCCCCUGCACUACCACUGAGAGUGAGUGGGGCUGGAGUGUUCGUCCUGCCCCCCUCCUCCACCUCAUGCCCAGCUUUGCCUUGUGUGCACUCACCCCCUCCCCACGUGAAUGUAGCUUCCAUUAUCACUGACUGUGCCCAGGCUGAGACCACAGGCCCGAGGGCAUCAGUGAGGGAGGGGGACAGCCACCAGCUGACACUGCACUUUGGCCCUGGGGGCACCUUGGCUGACCCUGCCUGCAAGACUGGUUCAGUCAACAAAAUGCCAGGUCCCAGGGCCUCCACACCCAGCCUUCCAGGGGUUCGGGGGAUAACUGCUCUUUGCCCCAUGCUCUGGCUUCCUCACUCUCCCAGUCAGAGCCUGGAGGUGGCUUAAGAUGUCUGAUUUUUUUUAUUGAGACCUAAAUAAUGAAUGUAACCACAAGGUUGGCAGGGACCAGGGUAGCUUUUAAGGGCAUUCUGGUAUUAAGGGGGAGAAGGAAGAGAAAAAAAGACAUAGGGAUUCCUCCUUCCCUUUGAUGGGGUCAAAGUCAUAACUACAGAACAUACAUUUUCCUCAAAUCUAAGGCGGAGUUUGGGGAGCAGUCCUUACUUCUAUCUAUCCCCAGUCCAAACUGGAGCUCCCCAACCCAAAAAAACACAGGACAGGGCCUGAGUGUUGAAUUUAAACCAAAGCUGCCUGCUUCUGUGGCGAUGACCCCAGAAUGUCAGCUAGGGCCAGGGACUGGACUGGCAAUCCCAGGGAGGCAUAUGUCAUGAGCUAUUCCCUUAUGGGCGGUUCUGGGACUAACUCAGGGUUUGAGUGCCCACUGGGGUGACCUUAGAUGUUGUAGGCAGGCGAACCUCUUCCCUGGCCGUGGGGACUGGGUUCGAGGCAUCCUGUGAUUGGUGCUAUGGUGGGUAUCAGAAUAAUGGGGAAGGAAAGCACAGGUCCCCAUAGCAAUCUGCAAUCCCAAGACAGGACUUCAAGACUCCAUCUUCCCAGACACUCAACUUAUACUCCCCUUCCUCCUUCCGCCCUGAACCCAAGGCCUGAGCAGUGUUUACAUAUGUUUUUGCUGCUGCCUCUCCACCCCCACCCUUUGAACCCAAAAUGGGAGGCAUCUCUCCAUCUGGGGGGAGAGAAACCACCCAUGGUUGGCUCUCCCCAGACAGUCACCCUGCCUCUGGGCUUCCUUUAUGAACUUUGACCUGGAGCCGAAGAAACAAAACGAAGGGGGUGAGGGAACCUGUCCUCUCCCUCUCUCCUGGUUUAAAUCUGUCUGGCCCGGGAUGUGUGAGAAGGGAGACAAAAAGGCCUAUGCUUCCCUUCUCCACAACCAACACCACUCCUUCCUGAUGAAAGCUGCAGUUUUCAGCCCUUUCCACGUCUUCUAUUAAGUCCAGGCUCCCUCAACUGGGGCAACUCUGGGGAGGAAUCAGAGGGGGGUGGGCUGCAUCCCCCUUCCCUCCCCAAACCUCACCUCAGGUGCUAGCUGGGGGGACCUGGGGCUGCUACAUUUUGAUUCCUUCUAAGUAGCUGUGGGAACGGUGGUGGCACCUGGCUGCAGUAACUGGUAUGGCAGGGCCCUAGAUGCUCCUAAGUUCUAGUUGGCUCUGCCCAAGGCAAGGUGUCUAUGGGUGGGAACCCACUGACAAGCCCUGCGCUAAGCACACCUGCCCUGCUGCCUGGAGAAGUAAAAGCAGGUCUAGUGAUGCCUUAUGGAGUUCCCCUGGUGGGAUUGUGUGCACAUUUGUGUUGGCUUUGCCCCUCUGCACAAAUGUAGCUCUGGGUGUGCCAGUGUGUGAGUGUGUGUGUGAUUGGCUGUGUGCAUGCACGUGUGCACUUGCACACUCGUGUGUAUGGUGUCUAUAUGUGCCCACACUGGUUGGGGGAAGGGAGACAGAAUGUCUACCACCUUUGUGUGACCAGUAAGCCUGAUGCUCUCAGCCAUCGGCAUCCUCUCGCCCUGCUGCCUGCCCCCGUGGUCCCCCAGGCUGGGGCAGAAGCUGUAGAUUCCCUGAGAGUGAUGCCGUCUUCAUGAAGCAUUCUGUAAAUACACCAUUAUGGGGGGAAGGGGAAGAGAGGGAAAUAAAGAUCACAUCCUGGGGCUUCCAUGGAGCUCACACUCACA